GGAGUGGCCAGAGAUGGUAAAGUGUACAUAACAGAAAAUGUCACAUUAUUUUCGUGAUAGGUGAUCGACUAUCGUAUGGGCGAGACAUCGAUCAAACAUGCCGAAGAAAUUUGUGGGUGAGAAUAGCAAGGCGGUUGCCGCCCGGGCUAGAAAAGCAGCGGCUAAAGAAGCUGAAACUAUUAAAAAAGCGCAAGAAGCCGAAGACAAAGCAUGGGAGGACAAUGAUAAGCAAGUAUUGAAGAAAAAACAAAAACAGGAAGACAUCGAGAAAAAACGUCAACAGCAAUUAGAAAAAAAAGCGGAAGCAAAAGCCCUACUUGAAAAGGAAAUGGCAAAUAUAAAAGUUGGUGGCAAGCAGCUUGCUUCAAAAAUUACCAGAGCCGAAAUCGUUGCUAUCACUGAAAAACGAAAUCAAGUGGCUAUGAAGAAAAAAGAAGAGGAGAAACCGAUCGAGGAAAAUUUAAACAGAUUGAUUUUGGAAGGUGAAACGGCUCAUGGUAUUGACGAGGCUAUAUCCGUUUUAAGCUCAAAAGAUCCUGAAAUAGAUCGACAUCCAGAGAAACGGAUGAAAGCCGCGUACGCGAGCUUUGAGGAACGAAUGAUGCCGAUGAUUAAAGAACAAAAUCCUACUUUGAGAUUGAGUCAGUUGAAACAGAUACUUAGGAAAGAAUGGAUGAAGUCUACUGAGAAUCCGCUUAAUCAAACGUCAUUAAAUCGCUGACGGUCAUGGUGAUAUCAAACGAACGUGACACAUAUUUGCGCGUCGUCGACUGAUCAAUUAUUUAAUUUUGUUAAAAUAAAUAACCAUUGUGA